UGAAUCACAUCGAUAAGACGGCGACAAAUAGCGUUCUUCCCUGUCCUUUUCCUCUUCGCACCGACAGAUCCCGCAACAAAUUAAAUAGAAGAAAUACAGUCCUGUAUUUCUUUUGAGAGAGAGACAGAUCCAAAGAAGCGGCUGGCUUUGCUGCUGCUGUUCCAACCGAAAAGGCGAGGAGAGACGGAGGAGGGGCGGCCGUCGGGAGGAGCGUGAGGCCGCCAGCUCCAGCUCGAGCUCAACCCUGAAGAAGAAGAAGAAGGCCUCCUUCCCUUCCCCCGAGCUCAAGCCUAGAGCAAAGCUUACUUAUGUCUGCACAUGGAGUCAUCUACAGCUGAUGCCGGUGACAAGCAUCUGGGGAGCUACCUGACAUUGGGUUUGACAGUAUCGCAGUCAAAGAAAGGGGAUACUAAGUUUCCAAAGGUCCUGUCGCUUCUUGCCACAUAUCUGGGCAGAUCAGUUCAGAAGAAUGAAGAAUUACUAGGUUCUAAUGGAAUAAAGGAGUCGACCACCAUCUUUCAUGGCCAGAAGGUGCCAGAUCUCAGUAUACAGCUCUAUGCAGAGCGCAUUUUCAAAUAUGCCGAGUGCAGUCCAUCCUGCUUUGUGUUGGCACUUGUCUACAUGGAGAGAUAUCUACAGCAGCCAAAUGUGUACAUGACGCCCUUCAGUGUUCAUCGCUUGCUGAUUACAAGUGUGGUGGUUGCUGCCAAAUUCACAGAUGAUGCGUUUUUCAACAAUGCAUUCUAUGCUAGGGUGGGAGGAAUCAGCACAAUUGAGAUGAAUCGUCUCGAGCUGGAUUUGUUGUUUAAUCUGGACUUCAGGCUUAAAGUGAACCUAGAGACAUUCGGGAGCUACUGCUUGCAGCUGGAGAAACAUGCACCUGUGUCACCAGAGAGACUGCCGGUUCAGGUUCAUUGUGUCAGUGUCAAAGGAUCUAAAGAUUUGAGCUAUAGCAGCAGUGCUAGCGCCGACGAGUUUUGCCAGAGCAAGCUUGUUCGCCAAAGCUACAGCAGUCAGGCUCUCCAAGGAUGCAGCUGACCAAUCUAUUUAUGGCCUAAAGUUUUGCAAAGCAUGUGACCUGAUUACUGAUAAUUCUUUUAGAUCUGACAUUUGUGGAUUCAGAUUGCAUUAAGUUGUUCUGGGGGUGUUUGAUUAGUAGGGCUUUGAUUCUACUCCCUCUGUAAAGUAGAUGAUCUAAACGAUCUUAUAUUUCUUUACAGAGGGAGUAUUUUACUUCUGUAACACUGUAAUUCUUGCAAACCACUUUGUUUAAAAUGUUCACAAUCGAGUUGGGAAACAACAGGUCUGAACAUUGUUCA